UGCUAAUAGGCGCAUGCGCGCAUGACGGGGGUUGCACCAUUUUGGAUCUCAGGGCUACUGUAGCUAGCUGUUGCAGUUAGCUUUCACAACACACCAUUACUUUAAUCGGAUUUAUUUUUCCCGCUUUGAUAUUAAAGUUGAGUAAGCAGAAACCCGGUCGGUGUUCAGCUCUGAAUCUGAUCUCCAUUCGUCUGGGAGAUGGACGGAGAAGAGGACGACUUCAUGUCCGGAAACCACUCCGAUGACGGAGGCGGCACUCCGGUUCAGGAUGAGCACGGCGGGUCGGACGGCGAGGAGAUGAGGAGCGACAGACAUGAAUCUGAGGACGAGCGCAGCAACGAUGAAGACGCCACCAACGGCGUGGAGACCAGCGGGGCGGCCAGCGGCUCUGACAAUGAGGAUCACCGAGGGGCUGACAGCGACUCGGAGCCCGAUGCCUCGGGGACUCGCCACAAUGAUGACAAAAGUGACUCGGAGGCGGAGGCUCCUCGGCCUGCCGACAGCGACGACGACUCUCCUGUCAAACGCAGGAUGAGCGGAUCGGAUAACGAGGAGGAGUCGUCGCCUGUCAAACACGCAGCUUCGGAUAACGAAGAAGAGGGAGGGUCGUCUCCUGCCAAACGAAGGGGAAGCAGCUCGGAGCUGGAGGAGGGGGAGGAGAGGCCCAAAGUGGCCACACACAGCGACUCGGAGAACGAGGAUGCCAAACCCGCGGCGUCCCCCAGCCGGCGGUCCAACGCAGGCAGUGACUCUGACACAGAGACGCCCGCCAGGCGUAAGACAGCACAGGUGGACUCGGAGGAGGAGGAGGAGAAGCAGCAGGAGGAGGCAGAGGGUGGAGCAGAAGGAGGGAAGUGGAAGGCUGUGAUGCAGUCUGACAGUGAGGAGGAGGGGGAAGAAAGGAGGAGGAAGGCUGCAGCUGGAAGUGAUGGAGAGCAGCACCAGGAGGAGGAGCGAGAGCAGAGAGAUGACAGCGAUGAUGAAGAGGAGAAGCCAGUGAAGAGGAAGAAGGCCAUCCUGUCAGACAGCGAGGACGACGAAGAAGAGAAGGCAGACAAACCAGCGGUGAAGAGGAGUCGGGCGGUUUCCGAUGACGAGAACUCGGACAGCGACGGGGGGUCGACGGGCCCCGACAAGAGCCUGGCCGCCAAACUGAGAGAGCUCGGCUCGGACAGCGGCAGCGAGGAGGACGAGAGGUCAAAGGCCACGGCAGGGAAGAAGGACGAGAAGGCGCUGUUCGGCAGCGACUCCGACUCCGGAGACGACGAAGAGGAGAAAAUGAUCGCAGACAUCUUCGGAGAGUCUGGAGACGAGGAGGAGGAGGAGUUCACUGGCUUCAACCAGGAGGACCUGGAGGGGGACAAGAAGCAGUCGAAGGACGAGAGGCAGCAGCAUGCGGAGGAGGACUCCGACUCCGACGACGGUGUCCACCGCGGCGGCCAGGACACCAGCUUCAUGUCUGACUUUGACAUCAUGCUCGCUCGGAGGAAAGCUAUGAACAGCAAGAGGAGACGUCACCGUGACGGAGGGACGUUCAUCAGCGACGCCGAUGACGUGGUCAGCGCCAUGAUCACCAAGAUGAACGAGGCCGCCGAGGAGGAUCGAACUCUGAACAGCCACAAGAAGCCCGCGCUGAAGAAACUCACUCUGCUGCCGCAGGUCGUCAUGCACCUGAAGAAACAGGACUUGAAGGAGACGUUCAUUGACAGCGGCGUGAUGACGGCCAUUAAAGAGUGGAUCAGUCCUCUUCCAGAUAAAUCCCUUCCCGCCCUGAGAAUCAGAGAGGAGCUGCUCAGGAUCCUACAGGAACUGCCCACUGUGAGUCAGGAGACCCUGAAGCACAGCGGGAUCGGACGGGCCGUCAUGUUUCUGUACAAACAUCCCAAAGAGUCUCGAUCCAACAAAGACCUGGCGCUCAAGCUCAUCAAUGAGUGGUCCAGGCCGAUCUUCGGACUGACGUCCAACUACAAGGGGAUGACGAGAGAGGAGCGUCAGCAGAGAGACCUGGACCAGCAGAUGCCUCAGAGACGACGACUGAGUUCGGGAGGCCAGACGCCUCGCAGGGACCUGGAGAAACAGCUGACUGGGGAAGAAAAAGCUCUGCGACCCGGUGACCCCGGGUUCUGCGCCAGGGCUCGGGUGCCGAUGCCCUCCAACAAAGACUACGUCGUACGACCCAAGUGGAACGUAGAGAUGGAGUCCAACAGGGGUCCCAUGAAGAAAGGCUUGUCCCGCGUUGACAAACAGAUGCGUAGAUUUGCAGACAUCCGUCGCCUGACGAAGCCCGGCCACGCUGUUAAAAUCAGCGUGGAAGGAAACCGGAUGCCGCUCUGAUUUUAACCUCCAUAGGAUUUACUCAGUUGUUUUCUUUUUAAUGCAUUGCUCCUGAACAAUCCCACGGUUCUCCUGCCCUGCCCUCCCUCCUCAGGUCCAGAUCUCCAGAUCUGCCUUACAGAAGGGCUGAGGUCACCUCCACUUCAGUCACAAUGUGAAUAUCUGCUGUAAGCGAUCUGAAAUGACAGGAACUUGUCUGGUCUUUGUCCAGAAAUGAUCAAAUCUUCCCCAGAAUGAUCCUUAGAGCAAAAAGUAAAUGUUAUUAAUGUAACCGGUCAGCUUUGUUAAUCUUAUCGGCUAACAUUAACUGAUGUUAGCAAACAGCUACGUGAAUUUUAGCUCCAAACCAGCUGGAUCCUUGAAGUCGAGCCAACUGAGUUAGCGAACACAUUAGCUUCAGGUCCUGACCAUGAAGGACAGUUUCACACGUUAACACUGUUGUCAGUAAACAACUGAUGCUGAAUUUGCCAAAUAAGGAGUGGAGUGGGUCCACUGUGGAAAUCACAUGUACCAAACCAGAUAAAUCACAGGAAGUUACUUUUUGACCCUGUUGGUUUAGACAGAAAUCAGACGUAGCUCGACUGAGGAUCAUUUUGGUGACCGUUUGAGUUUUCCCAUUAAGUCCCCCGUCCCCCUUUUGUUUCUGAUCGUGAAGGUGUUUUGCUAAUAGGCUGCCCAGACCUCCUCCUCGGUCCACUUUGUCCCCUCUCUGCUCCCGUAGCAGCUGUACAGGAGUCUAAUUGUGUGCAGGGCUGAGUUCACACAGGCAGCACAGGGAUUCUGUUGGAUCCCCAUCAGAUCCUGGUGCCGGAUCUGGUUCAGAGUUGGUGUGUUGACUCUGUGUGUGUGUGUGUGUGUGUGUGUGUGUCGGCUCGUCUGUCUGCACUGUUGUGGAUCACAUGAUUCUUUUCUUAAUAAAGACUCAACAGAAACUCA